CAUAUGUUUCUGGCGUAAAAAGAAGCGCCUCAGCGCGCCGUUUUUUGGCUUGUCAACCGAAACCACGCAACAUUUUUCUCUUGAAAUAUUUUGUAAAAUCUAUCAAUUUCCUCAUGUGUUAUUCAAUGGAACGUGGGGAUAGAUGCGCCGUACAAAGUUAAGUGGUAUUGAAUACAAGUGAUUAGUUGAAACGGACUGAAAAUCGUUUUCCCACCGUGGUGACCCGCGAACUCACAACAUGCCUCUGUUAAAAAGGAAAGCAUUUGAGAAAUCAAAGGCGUCGGAGUACCUCAGGGAUGACGAUGAGGUCUUUCAUUGUGAGAUCACCGAUGAGAUUUUCAAAGAUUAUGAAGAAUACUGCGAGAGGAUCAUUCUCGUCAAUUCGAUGGUAUGGACAUGUGAGAUGACAGGGAAGAACAACUUGACAUACUCAGAAGCCCUUCACAGUGAGAAGACAGCACGGAGAGCUCUGAAAGAUUUCCCCAUGGAGCUCCGUAUACCCAUACUGUACCUAGCAAUGAGAACCAAGAGGUGUUCCUUUGCUGAGAUGUCAGAGGAUGUCUUUAAUUUUGUCAGGGACCGGUACUUUGUGGGAGAGACAGUGGAGGCCUGUCUGGAGGGAGAGGUGUGGAGGGAGGCUCACAUACUGUCCAUCACUGCACAGAAACAGCACCCAGACAGCAAAGCCAUGUUACCGUCAACAGCAUACUGCUAUGAAGUGGAACAGUAUCAUGAAAGUGAUCCCUCUGCGUCAGGACAGAUAGGCACAGCGCCAUCAGAUCGCGUGCGCAGGCGCAAGGGAGUUUACACACGCGAUAAGAACCGCCUCUUCCUUAAACAGUUUGUUGAAGGCGGUGCUGAUGGCGUUAUUUCUAUUAAGAAAUCAGCACAAGAAAAGUACAAUAUAAGCAAAGUAAGCUUUGACCAAAUAUUCACGGGCAACCCGCCAGUGUUCCCAUCAUCUAAGAAGCUCCUGAAGUCACCCCCAGCUUCCAAAGGUCCUGCUAAGCCAGGGUCUGCCUCCAAACUGACUAAGUCCGUCAAAAAGCCCAGCCCUGACAAGAAGGGGCGCCAGGAGUCCAUGGACAAGUUUGUGAAGAAGACAGAUAAAGCUGAAGCACAAAAAAAUAAGCCUCCUAUGGACCCCGCGGCCAAGAAGAGUGCGCAAGAAAUGGCGGAGAAGAUGCGCAAAGCAGAAGAUUUAAUGCGACAGCGCAAGGAAGAGGAGCGGUUGCGCAAGAAGGAGAAGACUGCGCGACUGCAGGCCUACAUGAAGGAGUGGCAGAAAGUCAAAGAUGAUAUAGAACUGGAGGACCACAAAGUAUUACCAACAGGUACUCUGGUAGAAGUUGAAGGGAUACCACACGAACAUUUUGGUGACUUCCUCUCUGUUCUGGAGUUUGUCCACCAAUACUCCGAAAUCCUUAAGGUGAAGGAUGUAUUCCACAACCAGCAGCUAGACCUGGAGACGUUCAGGAAGGCUCUGACGCAGAAGGAGCAUGCUGGCCUGUUCAGUGACCUGGUGCAGAUGUUCCUGACUACUGUGUUCUCUUUGCAAGAAGAUGAAGCCGAGGAGUAUAAUGAGAAUGGAAGGAUACAACUGUCUACGGGUGAAGAGGACAAAGAGACAGACACCGAGAUGGGCGUGACGAAGGCGAUGGAGCUGGCGACGAAAGCCAGCAAGUGGUCACAGACAUACCUCGGGACUCCGCUCAGCAAGCUGCCUCUCGACCCCACCACAGUCAGUGAGGUUUUGAGACUGCACCUGCUGUCGUCGGGCGCGGGCCCGGGCGGGCGCUGCGCCACGUGGCGCUACCAGGCGCGCGGCGGGUACACCAGCGCCGACGACGCGGGGCUCCGUCUCCGCGUGCAGCACCCCGCGCUGCUCUCCGCGCUGCACUCCACGCAUGUCGCCGACCUGGGGCUCGAGGAUAAGUUCCUAGUUCUCCAGUGCCUAAUGAAUCAGAUCCUGAGUUACGCCACAUUGAGAGACGUCAUUGAAGAACGACUUGACGAAAUGAAGAACACCAAGCAAGCUCUCAGACUAUUACAGACAAACGAAAGGAAACGCGAAGCUCAGUUGAUAACAGCAAAACAGGAGAUUCGUAAAGAAUACUUUGCCAAGAAGGAAGAGAAUAAACUGACCGGAGAGAAGGCAAGGGCAGUGGAUGAGGAGAUGAAGGCGGCCAUAGACAAACUGAUGGCAGAGAGUGAGGAGAAGAAGAAGCAGUAUGAGAAGGAGCUGAAAGGGUACCAGGAGGAGUUGUUCGAGUACACUACUUAUGUCGGCUCGGACCGUGCGUUCCGGCGCUACUGGGUGUCCCGCACGCUGGCGGGGCUGUUCGUGGAGGCGGGGGCGGAGCCCCGCGGGGGCUGCCGCCACAAGCCGGUGACGCCGGCGCCGCACGACGCGCAGGACACGCUGGCGCACGUCGCCAAACUCUUCGAGCAGCAGAAGGAGAGAGCAGGAAGCGACAAAGAGAAUGAAUCCGGUGCGAACUCUCGCGGCAGUUCUCCAAAGAAGCCACUAUCCAACCUCAAUGGACUGAGCCAGAAAAUGAACGGCUCAGUAAUCGACUCCACUACCCAACAACUGCAGGACCUACUCAUGUGCACCGGGGACAUCACCACUUGUCUCGUGCAUGGAAAGAGCCUGCGCCCCCGUUGGUGGGUGUUCCACACAGCGGAGCAGUUGUCGGCCCUGACCGGAGCCCUGAACAAGCGCGGCCUGCGGGAGGCCGAGCUGCGCCAGGCGCUGGAACUGGACAAGGACAGGAUACUCACCCACAUCGCCAAGUGUCCACUACAUCUACUCAACCCCGCCGCCGCACCUGACCGCGAGGCAUGGCGCGGCACCAUAAUGCUGCGCGGGUACGACAAGCAGGCCGACUACCUGACGUGGGGGCCCGACAACCAGUACCGGGACGACUACCAUCUGCCCAACGGAGUGCUCAAACUACCCACCGACAUAGAAGAAUCAGACAUGAAAAACAUAGCAAUAAACAAAUACCGCGACCCCGGGUACUACCUGGAGGCGCCCAAGGUGAAUGGUGUCAAGAAGGAGCCCCCGGAGCCCGGGGCCAAGGCCGACGUGGUCCGGGGCCUCGCGUCGGCACUGCUGCAAGUGUCACAAGCUAUUAACCACAAGUACCUGAAGAGACCGCUCGGUCUCGACGACAAAGAAAGAAAAGACAGAGAAGCGAGAAACAAGCCCUUAGAUCUCGAAGCUCUACAGCGGUGGGAGGUAUCCCUGAUGGAGUGCAAGAGUUUCUCCCAGAUAAUGCUGCACCUGUUCACCCUGGACUCCAGCGUCACCUGGUCUGCCAGCAUACUAAACACCAGCUGUAGGCUCUGCAGGAGGAAGACCGACCCUGACAAUAUGUUGCUCUGUGACGGGUGCAAUAAGGGACACCAUCUGUACUGCUUGAAGCCUAAACUCACCAAAGUGCCGGAGGGCGACUGGUUCUGCGACGUGUGCAAGCCUAAGGAGAGGACUCCGCGGAAGAGGAGGAAACUCUACACGGAGGAGGUGGAGCAGGAGGAAGCUAAUAGCAGCGACAGUUCGUACAGCGUGGACACGGGGGUCUGCGCGGGCUGCGGCAGCGGCGGGCGGCUGGGCGCCACGUGCGGUGCGUGCCGCGCGCGGUACCACCCGGAGUGCGCGCGCCCGCGGCCGGCCCGCGCCGCCAAGCGCUGGACCUGCGCCGCCUGCCUCGCGCCACAACGGGAGACGAGCAGUCGUCGCUGCGCGGCCGCGGCGUCGGCCUACAUCACGAGCUACAGCCGCAUGGCCCGCCACAGGGACUCCUGCGAUUCGGAUGACAGCGAAUAUAAUGUAGCGCUGGUGAAACUGGCCAAACCGGGGAGGACAAGCAAGGAGUCCUCACCAGUGCACAAUGGAAAAACUAAGAGAGGACGGAAAUCAAAGAAUCAGGAUCAAGAAAACACAAAUGAAAGGCACUCGACGGGCAGAAGAUCGAAGAACUCCCUCACGAAUGGGCAUCAUGAGGAGAAAAGCACCAAGAAGCGCAGCAGUAGACUGACGCAGCUGCACACGGAGGCGCUGCAGUCACUGCUGCGGGACGUCAUGAAGCACAAGGACUGCUGGCCCUUCUACGAACCUGUCUCGCCUGAGGAUGUACCAGACUACUUGGAAGUGAUAGACCAGCCGAUGGACUUCUCAACGAUCCGCGACAAGCUGGAGUCUGCCCAGUACGCCACGGACGAGGACCUGCUGGCUGACGCGGCGCUCGUCUUCCUCAACUGCUACACAUACAACAAGGACUCGCAUCCUGUCGCCAAAGCUGGCAACCGCCUAGAGAAGUACAUGAACAAGCGCUGCGCGGAGCUGGAGCUGCCGUCGCUGCCGGAGAUCAGGCUGCAGGACGACGACGCCUCGUCCAAGAGCAGCAAGCGGCCCUCGCCCUCCUCCGACGAGGACGCGCCGCUCCCCAAGCGGGCCAAGCUCAAGUGACUCCCACCCACCGCGCACGUCACAUACUGAGGCUAGUGAUUAAUAAUUAUACCCCUUAACAUAACUACGUAAGGUCCAUUUUAAUAGGGAUCAUGGCAAAAAUAUGGUCUGUCUGUUAGGUUGAUUUAAAACAUUAGAUACGUAUUUCUCUUGGAACCGACGCCAUAUUGAUUUGAAAUGCGCUUGACGUCACUUCUGUGUAUAUUUUAUACUCAGGCGUGACGUCGCGAGCAUUCACUAUUAAACUAAUUCACUAUCCAAAAAAUACGUGUCUAAUAUUUUUCCUGUGUCUAACAGACGGACUAAAUAGAUUUUUAAUGUUCAUCAUCCCUAUUGUAUUGUUUCACGUACUUAACUAAAAAGUACGUUCAGUAUUGAUGUAUAAAAUUUUAGUCUGCUUAGUUACGGCUGCGUUCAGAUUCGUUGUAUGAUAUAGGAGUUAGGAGGUAGACGCAUGCGCAAGCCUGUCACGGAUCUAUUUGUGAUAUCUGUCACUAUGAGCGUAGAAAUUGAUUGUCGAGGGAAAUUGAUCCUUAGGUUCUGUGAUUUCAAUACUUUGUUUAAUCUUUCAUUUUUGAUUGGGGAUCAUCUGUCUUAUUUGUGUGUGUCAAUUUCUGCUCUCGUUAUGAUAAUCGAAACCAACCAAAUAUGAUGAGAAUAUGCUGUUGAUCAGCAUACACAAGAUGAGCGUCUGGAAUACUUAUAUGUAUAACAUUAAUAUAGUAUUACACACAACCCAACAUAGUAGCAUAGCUGACUCUAUCACGAUAGUGAUAUAUUAAACAAAUACAUGCCAAGAUAACGUUUGAAAUAGAGCUACAAAUACAAUCUUGAACUUAAUAAUUGUAAAAUUGUAUGUCGUACUAUAACGUAAAGUGCUGGAAACUGCGUUUUAUAGUAAUACAAAGGACUCUUACGGAGACGCGGCGGGUUUCCUCGUACAUUGCCGUUGCGGGCCGUGUCGACGUUUCGCAUCGCAUACACAGACAUAUGAGGGCUUAGUGUAAUGAGAACGCGUUCUAAAUAGCCGGAUCUAAUGAAUCCACCAAUCAGAACACCGAACCCAGUCUCAUUAAACGUAAAAUAAACUCGUACUAAGCCCUAUGAGCACUGUACUACGGACGUCAGACGCUCCGCGCAACUCGCUGCGUAUUCGUAGGGCCGAGGGGCGUAGAUACACACAAAGUGAGAAGCAUUUCUUCACUCACUCCCUAACGGUGUGAUACUUCCUUAAAACCUGGACAUUUACCAUUUAUGACUGGUGUAACAAAAUAACUUUGUAAUUCAUAGGUAUUUGUGUCAAUUGUAAUGUGUAAAUGUAAAAAAGACAAUCUUAGGGCGUAAUACUGAAAUACAGGAAAAGUUAACACUAUUCUUGAUAUGUUUGAGAAAGAAAUAACAUGUGUAAUAAAUAAUUAAAAUGAAAAACAUAAUGUAGCUGUAAAAUUACUUCUCGUGCUUAAAACUAAGAUUUCAAUGGGUUAAUGAAUAGCUAAAAUAAUGUAUUUAAUUACGUACUCUGCCUACAUAACCCAGUUAUUUAUUAAAAAAUAAUAUUGUUGAUAUCUCAUUUAAUAAGAAGCAAGAUUGUACAAAAAUUGUUUGCUUAACAAACAUAAUUGAGAUAUUUUCAAUGUUAGUAAAUGUGAAUAAGGUUCAAAAUUACAUUAAAAACUACGCAAUCGAAUUCUGUCGACUUGCAAAAUGAAAAAAUAAUAUUGUACACACUUGCUUUGCUCUAUCUAUCAAUAAAUUAAAACCCCUGCCUUACACAUAUUUUAUUAAAUAAUUGCUAAUGUACAAACACUAGACAUAAAAAUAUGUAAAUAUUUUGUACUUGAUAGAGUUUGAGAAUAUCAAAUUAUAUUGUAGUGUCAAAUUUAUAUUACUAGCACAAAUAAUAUUAGCACUGAAAUAACCCAGCUAUUGUGUUUCAAAAAAGUAUUUAUUGAUAUAAAGUGUCAUACAUUAUUUUCAUUGGUACAUUCUACAUAUUUUUUGCAAUUUUGGUUUCUUAGAACCAUUUGUUAGUAAAAAUAAUUAAAAAACUCCACAUUAUCAACUUUAUACUUUAUUCCAGACGCAAAAAAUACUUGUAACAUGUCUUGCAACGCGUUGCACAUGUUUAUAGCGCAAUGUAAUGAGGGCUUGAUCACUAGAAAGUACUAAUGUACUGUAAAGUCUGCAACUUAGCUGUCAAAAGUUUACACUUACAGGGUUGAAGAUAGCUAGUAUUAACUUCAAGAGACCUUACACUACACCAGUGCCCUCUAGUGACAUAUUGCCCUCUAGUGGUUUUCGUAUAAUUUGUGAAAUAUCCGUUAGUAAAUGUAAACGCCCUGAGUAGUUAGUUGUAUGUUAAAAGAAUUCAUUCCAUCUCUAUGUAAAUGUUGUCCUGUUAAAUUGUAUUGUUACGAUUCUCGAUUAUUAUUGUUGUUCGUGGCUAUCAAACAUUGAUUCUCUGUCUUAAAUUAACUUUGAUUUGCAUGUUUCAAUUGUUGAUUGUCGCUUUAAUAAAAUUAAUAAAUAAAAUUUAUUGAAAUUAUUGCCAGCUUCGAAAGAUUAUACCAAUUUUAGUGAAAAAUAAAUUUAGGUUGAAGAACUAAAUUUUAUAAUUGAUUCCGAGAUAAAUUAUCAACAAACAUACAAUUAAAGUUAUUAUAAACAUUCACAAGAAGUUUAACCGAUUUCAUUUCCGAAAAUAAUUCUUGAUUUUAAUUAAUCGACUGCAUUUAAUACCUUCGUUAGUGAUUUUAAUUGUAUCGUGACGUUAAAGGCUUGUGUUCGACGCGACGUUUUCAUUGUUAUUGUAAAACUAAUGUGCUGCUUGAGAACACCAUUGUACAAUAUUAUUGCUUGCAUGUUGAAAAAUUAUGAAGAAAUCUGUUGAAAACAAGUUCAUGCAGCACGUUAGACACCGCGGCUCAUGUGUCCAAUGGCUUUAUUUGCUUGCGUGAUCUGUGAGCGAUGCCGACAUACGCCAUUGUGUACACACCUCUAGACACUAGUUUUAGUUUUUAAAAUUUGUUAGUUGAUAAGUUUGAUGUGACCAAAUUAUGUCGUCACUGUCCUCUCGAGAUGUUUGAACGUAAUUUUUUUAUUUUCUAAUCUCGUAACUUCGAUCAAUCGAACUCAAAGUUGUGUUUUGUUUUGCUAAAUUUUAUUUGUUUUCUUUUUUUUUUUAGUUGAAACAGCAUUGGUUUUUUACAAGGGCAUAGCCGCUUUUUUAAUUAUAAUUUGAUAUUAUUAGGGAACCAAAAAUAAUUGUAUUUUUUAUUUCUUGGCAAUGGUUGCUAAUUUUAACGCGUUUCUGUAUUUAUUUGGUAAUUUUAAUCAAUACUCGAAUUCACAAACUUGAUUGUAUUUUUGUUUCAUGGCAACCUUGUCUUAAGUACAGUCAGCCACACAAGUUCAUUGCAUUUUAUAUUUUUGCUAUUUUUUUAUAAUUUGCGUCUUGAAUUAUUUCUGUAAUAGAAUAACUUGGCCUCAUUAGGCGACAGUGGUUGACUGUGCAAACAAAUAAAUGGUACCAGUGCAUUCCUACAUGAUAACUAUGAUGAUAAUAUCUGAUUGUUCGCAGUGAUUUGUUUUUCCAAUAAUGAUGAUCAUUUUGUCAGCAACUAUUUAUUUAUGUAAUUUAUAAGUUUUAUAUUAAUUUAUACAGUAGUGAAUAAAGCACCCACGUACAGUUGC